AUGAAACUUGGCACUACAAUUUUAGCAACUUCUGUUACCUUGGUUUGCGCAACCGAAAUUCACGAAUUUAAUGCAGUGAACUUUGCAAAGAUACUUAAAAGAGACUCAUGCUCUAUUUGUGAAAGUGCAGGAACCAAAUUAGAGAAAUGUUUCCCUAAUUUUCCAAAUUAUGACACUUUAGAAGUGGCUAAAUGUGUCUGCAAAUUUGAUGACCAGUUCUUUAAGGAUUAUAUCAAUUGUGUGACUGACUGUGAUGAGUUUCAGAUUAGUUUACCUGUUGAAGUAGAUGAUCCUAAAGAGCUCAAACUGUUAAUCUGUCAAGCAGCUGGUUCAUUUACUUCGGGCAGCGAUGAUUCCGCAGCUGCUGAAGUCAAGAGUGCGAUUAACACUGCAAUCAAAAAUGGUGCUUCAACUGUGGGGGUCUCAUUUUUAGCUCUAUUGGGAAUUUCUUUGAUUUGA